AUGACCCAUCACUCCCAACUGCCCCAUUCUCCCAUUCUCCCUCUCCCGCUUUCCAUCACCCCGCCCCCUUCUCCCUCCUUCCAUCACCCCGCCCCAUUCUCCCUCCUUCCAUCACCCCGCCCCAUUCUCCCGCUUUCCAUCAGCCCGCCCCAUUCUCCUGCUUUCCAUCACCCCGCCCCAUUCUCCCGCUUCCCAUCACCCCACCCCAUUCUCCCGCUUUCCAUCACCCCGCCACAUUUUCCCGCUUUCUAUCACCCCGCCCCAUUCUCCCUCCUUCCAUCACCCCGCCCCAUUCUCCCGCUUCCCAUCACCCCACCCCAUUCUCCCGCUUUCCAUCACCCCGCCACAUUUUCCCGCUUUCUAUCACCCCGCCCCAUUCUCCCUCCUUCCAUCACCCCGCCCCAUUCUCCCGCUUUCCAUCACCCCGCCCCAUUCUCCCGCUUUCCAUCACCCCGCCCCAUUCUCCCGCUUUCCAUCAUCCCGCCCCAUUCUCCCUCCUUCCAUCACCCUGCCCCAUUCUCCCGCUUUCCAUCACUCCGCCCCAUUCUCCCUCCUUCCAUCACCCCGCCCCAUUCUCCCUCCUUCCAUCACCCCGCCCCAUUCUCCCGCUUUCCAUCACCCCGCCCCAUUCUCCCGCUUCCCAUAACCCCACCCCAUUCUCCCGCUUUCCAUCACCCCGCCACAUUCUCCCACUUUCCAUCACCCCGCCCCCUUCUCUCUCCUUCCAUCACACCGCACCAUUCUCCCUCCUUCCAUCACCCCACCCCAUUCUCCCGCUCUUCAUCAGCCCGCCCCAUUCUCCCGCUUUCCAUCACCCCUCCCCUUUCUCCCGCUUUCCAUCUCCCCACCCCAUUCUCCCGCUUUCCAUCACCCCGCCCCUUUCUCCCGCUUUCCAUCACCCGGCCCCAUUCUUCCGCUUCCCAUCAUCCCGCCCCAUUCCCCCGCUUUCCAUCACCCCUCCCCAUUCUCCCUCCUUCCAUCACCCCGCCCCAUUCUCUCGCUUUCCAUCACCCCGCCCCCUUCUUCCUCCUUCCAUCACCCCGCCCCAUUCUCCCUCCUUCCAUCACCCCGCCCCAUUCUCCCUCCUUCCAUCACCCCGCCCCAUUCUCUCGCUUUCCAUCACCCCGCCCCAUUCUCCCGCUUCCCAUAACCCCGUCCCAUUCUCCCGCUUUCCAUCACCCCGCCCCAUUCUCCCGCUCUCCAUCACCCCGCCCCAUUCUCCCGCUUCCCAUCACCCCGCCCCAUUCUCCCGCUUUCCAUCACCCCGCCCCAUUCUCCCUCCUUCCAUCACCCCGCCUCAUUCUCCCUCCUUCCAUCACCCCGCCCCAUUCUCCCGCUUUCCAUUACCCCGCCCCAUUCUCCUGCUUUCCAUCACCCCGCCCCUUUCUCCCACUUUCCAUCACCCCGCCCAUUUUCCCGCUUUCCAUAACCCCGCCCCAUUCUCCUGCUUUCCAUCACCCCGCCCCAUUCUCCUGCUUUCCAUCACCCCGCCCCAUUCUCCCUCCUUCCAUCACCCCGCCCCAUUCUCCCUCCUUCCAUCACCCCACCUCAUUCUCCCUCCUUCCAUCACCCCGCCCCAUUCUCCCGCUUUCCAUCACCCCGCCCCAUUCUCCCGCUUUCCAUCACCCCGACCCAUUCUCCCGCUUUCCAUUACCCUGCCUCAUUCUCCCGCCUUCCAUCACCCUGCCCCGUUCUCCAGCUUUCCAUCACCCUGCCCCAUUCUCCUGCUUUCCAUCACCUUGCCCCAUUCUCCCGCUAUCCAUCACCCCGCCCCAUUCUCCCUCCUUCCCUCACCCCGCCCCAUUCUCCCUCCUUCCAUCACCCCGCCCCAUUCUCCCUCCUUCCAUCACCCCGCCCCAUUCUCCCUCCUUCCAUUACCCCGCCCCAUUCUCCCGCUUUACAUCAGCCCGCCCCAUUCUCCCGCUUUCCAUCAACCCGCCCCAUUCUCCCGCUUUCCAUCACCCCGCCCCAUUCUCCCGCUUUCCAUCACCCCGCCCCAUUCUCCCGCUUUCCAUCACCCCGCCCCAUUCUCCCUCCUUCCAUCACCCCGCCCCAUUCUCCCGCUUUCCAUCACCCCGCCCCAUUCUCCCUCCUUCCAUCACCCCGCCUCAUUCUACCUCCUUCCAUCACCCCGCCCCAUGCUCCUGCUUUCCAUCACCCCGCCCCAUUCUCCCGCUUUUCAUCACCCCGCCCCAUUCUCCCACUUUCCAUCACCCCGCCCCAUUCUCCCGCUUUCCAUCACCCCGCCCCAUUCUCCCGCUUUCCAUCACCCCGCCCCAUUCUCCCAUCACCCCGCCCCAUUCUCCCGCUUUCCAUCACCCGCCCCAUUCUCCCGCUUUCCAUCACUCCGCCCCAUUCUCCCGCUUAUCAUCGCCCCGAAACAUUCUCCUGCUUUCCAUCACCCCGCCCCAAUCUCCCUCUUUCCAUCAACCCACCCCAUUCUUCCUCCUUCCAUCUCCCCGCCCCAUUCUCCUGCCUUCCAUCACCCCGCCCCAUUCUCCCGCUUUCCAUCACCCCGCCCCAUUUUCCCGUUUUCCAUCACCCCGCCCCAUUCUCCUGCUUUCCUUCACCCCGCCCCAUUCUCCCGCUUUCCACCACCCCGCCCCAUUCUCCCGCUUUCCAUCACCCCGCCCCAUUCUCCCGCUUUCCUUCACCCCACCCCAUCCUCCCACCUUCCAUCACCCCGCCCCAUUCUCCCUCCUUCCCAUCACCCCAAACCAUUCUCCCGCUUUCCAUCACCCCACCCCAUUCUCCCGCUUUCCAUCACCCCGCCCCAUUCUCUCGCUUUCCAUCACCCCGCCCCAUUCUCCCGCUUUCCAUCACCCCGCCCCAUUCUCCCGCUUUCCAUCACCCCUCCCCAUUCUCCCUCCUUCCAUCACCCCGCCCCAUUCUCCUUCCUUCCAUCACCCCGCCCCAUUCUCCCACUUUCCAUCACCCCGCCCCAUUUUCCCGUUUUCCAUCACCCCGCCCCAUUCUCCCGCUUUCCAUCACCCCUCCCUAUUCUCGUUGCUUCCAUCAACCCGCCCCAAUCUCCCUCCUUCCAUCACCACACCCCAUUCUCCCGCUUUCCAUCACCCCGCCCCAUUGUACCGCUUUCCAUCACCCCGCCCCAUUCUCCCGCUUCCUAUCACCCAGCCCCAUUCUCCCGCUUUCCAUCACCCCGUCCCAUUCUCCCUCCUUCCAUCACCCCGCCCCAUUUUCCCUCCUUCCAUCACCCCGCCCGAUUUUCUUGCCUUCCAUCACCCCGCCCUAUUCGCCCGCUUUCCAUCACCCCUCCCCAUUCUCGCGCUUUCCAUCAUCCUGCCCCAUUCUCCCGCUUUCCAUCACCCCGCCCCAUUCUCCCGCUUUCCAUCACCCCGCCUCAUUCUCCCUCCUUCCAUCACCCCACCUUAUUCUCUCGCUUUCCAUUACCCCGCCCCAUUCUCCCGCUUUCCAUCAACCUGCCCCAUUCUCCCGCUUUCCAUCACCCCGCCCCAUUCUCCCGCUUUCCAUCACCCCGCCCCACUCUCCCGCUUUCCAUCACCCUGCCCCAUUCUCCCGCUUUCCAUCACCCCGCCCCAUUCUACCGAUUUCCAUCACCCCGCCCAAUUCUCCCGCUUUCCAUCACCCGGCCCCAUUCUCCCGCUUUCCCUCACCCUGUCCCAGUCUCCCGCACUCCAUAGCCCCGCCCUAUUCUCCCGCUUUCCAUCACCUCGCCCCCUUCUCCCGCUUUCCAUCACCCCGCCCCAAUCUCCCUCCUUCCAUCACCCCACCCUAUUCUCCCGCUUUCCAUCAUCCCGCCCCAUUCUCCCGCUUUCCAUCACCCCGCCCCAUUCUCCCGCUUUCCAUCACCCCGCCCCAUUCUCCCUAUUUCCAUCACCCUGCCCCAUGCUCCCUCGUUCCAUCACCCCGCCCCAUCCUCCCUAUUUCAAUCACCCCGCCCCAUUCUUCCGCUUUCCAUCACCCCGCCCCAUUCUCCAGCUUACCAUCACCCCGCCCCAUUCUCCCGCUUUCCAUCACCCCGCCCCGUUCUCCAGCUUUCCAUCACCCUGCCCCAUUCUCCCGCUUUCCAUCAACCCGCCCAAUUCUCCCGCUUUCCAUCAUCCCGCCCCAUUCUCCCGCUUUCCAUCACCCCGCCCCAUUCUCCCGCUUUCCAUCACCCCGCCCCAUUCUCCCGCUUUCCAUCACCCCGCCCCAUUCUCCCGCUUUCCAUCACACCGCCCCAUUCUUCCGCUUUCCAUCACCCCGCCCCAUUCACCCCGCCCCAUUCUCCCUCUUUCCAUCAACCCGCCCCAUUCUCCCGCUUUUUUUUCACCCCGCCCCAUUCUCCCUCUUUCCAUCACCCCACCCCAUUCUUCCGCUUUUCAUCACCCUGCCCCAUUCUCCCUCUUUCCAUCACCCCGCCCCAUUCCCCCUCUUUCCAUCAGCCCGCCCCAUUCUCCCACUUUUCUUCACCCCGCCCCAUUCUUCCGCUUUUCAUCACCCUGCCCCAUUCUCCCGCUUUCCAUCACCCCGCCCCAUUCUCCCGCUUUCCAUCAUCCCGCCCCAUUCUCCCGCUUUCCAUCACCCUGCCCCGUUCUCCCGCUUUCCAUCACUCCGGCCCAUUCUCCCGCUUUCCAUCACCCCGCCCUAUUCUCAAGCUUUCCAUCACCCCGCCCCAUUCUCCCGCUUUCCAUCACCCCGCCCCAUUCUCCCGCUUUCCAUCACCCCGCCCCAUUCUCCCGCUUUCCAUCACCCCGCCCCAUUCUCCCGCUUUCCAUCACCCCGCCCCAUUCUCCCGCUUUCCAUCACCCCGCCCCAUUCUCCUGCUUUCCAUCACCCCGCCCCUUUCUCCCUCUUUCCAUCACCCCGCCCCAUUCUCCCGCUUUCCAUCACCCCGCCCCAUUCUCCCGCUUUCCAUCACCCCACCCCAUUCUCCCGUUUUCCAUCACCCCGCCCCAUUCUCCCGCUUUCCAUCACCCCGCCCCAUUCUCAAGCUUUCCAUCACCCCGCCCCAUUCUCCUGCUUUCCAUCACCUCGCCCCAUUCUCCCGCUUUCCAUCACCCCGCCCUAUUCUCCCGCUUUCCAUCACCCCGGCCCAUUCUCCCGUUUUCCAUCACCCCGUCCCAUUCUCCUGCUUUCCAUCACCCCGCCCUAUUCUCCCGCUUUCCAUCACCCCGCCCCAUUCUCCCGCUUUCCAUCACCCCGUCCCAUUCUCCCUCUUUUCAUCACCCCGCCCCAUUCUCCCUCUUUCCACCACCCCGCCCCAUUCUCCCGCUUUCCAUCACCCCGGCCCAUUCUCCCUAUUUCCAUCACCCCGCUCCAUUCUCCCACUUUCCAUCACCCCGCCCCAUUCUCCCGCUUUCCUCUCCCUCUUUCCAUCACCCCGCCCCAUUCUCCCUAUUUCCAUCACCCUGCCCCAUGCUCCCUCUUUCCAUCACCCCGCCCCAUCCUCCCUAUUUCCAUCACCCCGCCCCAUUCUUCCGCUUACCAUCACCCCGCCCCAUUCUCCAGCUUACCAUCACCCCGCCCCAUUCUCCCGCUUUCCAUCACCCCGCCCCAUUCUCCAGCUUUCCAUCACCCCGCCCCAUUCUCCCGCUUUCCAUCAACCCGCCCAAUUCUCCCGCUUUCCAUCUCCCCGCCCCAUUCUCCCGCUUUCCAUCACCCCGCCCCAUUCUCCCGCUUUCCAUCACCCCGCCCCAUUCUCCCGCUUUCCAUCACCCCGCCCCAUUCUCCCGCUUUCCAUCACCCCGCCCCAUUCUUCCGCUUUCCAUCACCCCGCCCCAUUCACCCUGCCCCAUUCUCCCUCUUUCCAUCAACCCGCCCCAUUCUCCCGCUUUUCUUCACCCCGCCCCAUUCUCCCUCUUUCCAUCACCCCACCCCAUUCUUCCGCUUUUCAUCACCCUGCCCCAUUCUCCCUCUUUCCAUCAUCCCGCCCCAUUCCCCCUCUUUCCAUCAGCCCGCCCCAUUCUCCCGCUUUUCUUCACCCCGCCCCAUUCUUCCGCUUUUCAUCACCCCGCCCCAUUCUCCCGCUUUCCAUCACCCCGCCCCAUUCUCCCGCUUUCCAUCACCCCGCCCCAUUCUCCCGCUUUCCAUCACCCUGCCCCGCUCUCCCGCUUUCCAUCACUCCGCCCCAUUCUCCCGCUUUCCAUCACCCCGCCCUAUUCUCAAGCUUUCCAUCACCCCGCCCCAUUCUCCCGCUUUCCAUCACCCCGCCCCAUUCUCCCGCUUUCCAUCACCCCGCCCCAUUCUCCCGCUUUCCAUCACCCCGCCCCAUUCUCCCGCUUUCCAUCACCCCGCCCCAUUCUCCCGCUUUCCAUCACCCCGCCCCAUUCUCCCGCUUUCCAUCACCCCACCCCAUUCUCCCGCUUUCCAUCACCCCGCCCCAUUCUCCCUCUUUCCAUCACCCCGCCCCAUUCUCCCGCUUUCCAUCACCCCGCCCCAUUCUCCCGCUUUCCAUCACCCCACCCCAUUCUCCCGUUUUCCAUCACACCGCCCCAUUCUCCCGCUUUCCAUCACCCCGCCCCAUUCUCCCUCUUUUCAUCACCCCGCCCCAUUCUCCCUCUUUCCAUCACCCCACCCCAUCCUUCCUCUUUCCAUCGCCCCGCCCCAUUCUUCCGCUUUUCAUCACCCCGUCCCAUUCUCCCUCUUUCCAUCACCCCUCCCCAUUCUCCCGCUUUCCAUCAUCGCGCCCCAUUCUCCCGCUUUCCAUCACCCCGCCCCAUUCUCCCGCUUUCCAUCACCCCGCCCCAUUCUCCCUCCUUCCAUCACCCCGCCCUUAUUCUCCCGCUUUCCAUAACCCCGCCCCAUUCUCCCGCUUUCCUUCACCCCGCCCCAUUCUCCAGCUUUCCAUCACCCCGCCCCAUUCUCCCGCUUUCUAUCACCCCGCCCCAUUCUCCCGCUUUCCAUCACCCCGUCCCAUUCUCCCGCUUUCCAUCACCCCGCCCCAUUCUCCCGCUUUCUAUCACCCCGCCCCAUUCUCCCUCCUUCCAUCACCCCGCCCCAUUCUCCAUCCUUCCAUCACCCCGCCCUAUUCUCCCUCCUUACAUCACCCCGCCCCAUUCUCCUCCUUUCCAUCACCCCGCCCCAUUCUCCCUCUUUCCACCACCUCGCCCCAUUCUCCCGCAUUCGAUCACCACGCCCCAUUCUCCCUCCUUCCAUCACCCCGCCCCAUUCUCGCGCUUUCCAUCACUCCGCCCCAUUCUCCCGCUUUCCAUCACCCCGCCCAUUUUCCCGUUUUCCAUCACCCCGCCCCAUUCUCCUGCUUUCCAUCACCCCGCCCCAUUCUCCCGCUUUCCAUCACCCCGCCCCAUUCUCCGGCUUUCCAUCACCCCACCUCAUCCUCCCACCUUCCAUCACCCCGCCCCAUUCUCCCGCUUUCCAUCACCCCGCCCCAUUCUCCCGCUUUCCAUCACCCCGCCCCAUUCUCCCGCUUUCCAUAACCCCGCCCCAUUUUCCCUCUUUCCAUCACCCCACCCCAUUCUCCCGCUUUCCAUCACCCCGCCCCAUUCUCCCGCUUUGUAUCACCCCGCCCCAUUCUCCCUCCUUCCAUCACCCCGCCCCAAUCCCCUCCUUCCAUCACCCCGCCCUAUUCUCCUUCCUUCAAUCGGUCCGCCCCAUUCUCCCGCUUUCCAUCACCCCGCCCCAUUCUCCCGCUUUCCAUCACCCCGCCCCAUUCUCCCGCUUUCCAUCACCCCGCCCCAUUCUCCCGCUUUCCAUCACCCCGCCCCGUUCUCCCGCUUUCCAUCACCCCGCGUCAUUCUCCCGCUUUCCAUCACCCGCCCCAUUUCCCCGCUUUCCAUCACCCCGCCCCAUUCUCCCGCUUUCCAUCACCCCGCCCCACUCUUCCGCUUCCCAUCAUCCCGCCCCAUUCCCCCGCUUUCCAUCACCCCUUCCCAUUCUCCCUCCUUCCAUCACCCUGCCCCAUUCUCUCGCUUUCCAUCACCCCGCCCCAUUCUCCCGCUUUCCAUCACGCCGCCCCAUUCUCCCGCUUUCCAUCACCCCGCCCCAUUCUCCCUCCUUCCAUCACCCCGCCCCAUUCUCCCGCUUUCCAUCACCCCGCCCCAUUCUCCUUUCUUCCAUCACCCCGCCCCAUUCUCCCUCAUUCCAUUACCCCGCCCCAUUCUCCCGCUUUCCAUCACCCCGCCCCAUUCUCCCGCUUCUUAUAACCCCACCCCAUUCUCCCGCUUUCCAUCACCCCGCCACAUUUUCCCACUUUCCAUCAACCCGCCCCCUUCUCUCUCCUUCCAUCACCCCGCCCCAUUCUCCUUCCUUCCAUCACCCCGCCCCAUUCUGCCGCUUUCCAUCAGCCCGCCCCAUUCUCCCGCUUUCCAUCACCCCGCUUCUUUCUCCCGCUUUCCAUCUCCCCGCCCCAUUCUCCCGCUUUCCAUCACUCCGACCCAUUCUCCCGCUUUCCAUUACCCCAACCCAUUCUCCCACUUUCCAUCACCCCGCCCCAUUCUCCCUCCUUCCAUCACCCCGCCUCAUUCUCUCUCCUUCCAUCACCCCGCCCCUUUCUCCCGCUUUCCAUCACCUCGCCCCAUUCUCCCGCUUUCCAUCACCCAGCCCCAUUCUCCCGCUUUCCAUCACCCCGCCCCAUUUUCCCGCUUUCCAUCACCCCGCCCCAUUCUCCCGCUUUCCAUCACCCUGCCCCAAUCUUCCGCUUUCCAUCACCCACCCCAUUCUCCCUCCGUCCAUCACCCCGCCCCAUUCUCCUGCUUUCCAUCACCCAGCCCCAUUCUCCCGCUUUCCAUUACCCCGCCCCAUUCUCCUGCUUUCCAUCACCCCACCCCAUUCUCCCUCCUUACAUCACCCCGCCUCAUUCUCCCUCCUUCCAUCACCCCGCCCCAUUCUCCCGCUUUCCAUCAUCCCGCCCCAUUCUCCCUCCUUCCAUCACCCCGCCCCAUUCUCCCUCCUUCCAUCACCCCGCCCCAUUCUCCCGCUUUCCAUCACCCCGCCCCAUUCUCCCGCUUCCCAUCACCCCACCCCAUUCUCCCGCUUUCCAUCACCCCGCCACAUUCUCCCGCUUUCUAUCACCCCGCCCCAUUCUCCCUCCUUCCAUCACCCCGCCCCAUUCUCCCGCUUUCCAUCACCCCGCCCCAUUCUCCCGCUUUCCAUCACCCCGCCCCAUUCUCCCUCUUUCCAUCACCCCGCCCCAUUCUCCCGCUUUCCAUCACCCCGCCCCAUUCUCCCGCUUUCCAUCACCCCGCCCCAUUCUCCCUCUUUCCAUCACCCCGCCCCAUUCUCCCGCUUUCCGUCACCCUGCCCCAUCUUCACUCUUUCCAUCACCCCGCUCCAUUCUCCCGCUUUCCAUCACCCCGCCCAAUUCUCCCUCUUUCCAUCACCCCUCCCCAUUCUCCCUCUAUCCAUCACCCCGCCCCAUUCUCCCGCUUUCCAUCACCCCGCCCCAUUCUCCCUCUUUCCAUCACCCGGCCCCAUUCUCCCUCUUUCCAUCACCCCGCCCCAUUCUCCCGCUUUCCAUCACCCCGCUCCAUUCUCCCGCUUUCAGUCACCCCGCCGCUCCAUUCUCCCGCUUUCCAACACCCUGCCCCAUUCCCACUCUUUCCAUCACCCCUCCCCAUUCUCCCUCUUUCCAUCUCCCCGCACCAAUCUCCUGCUUUCUAUCACCCCGCCCCAUUCUCCCUCUUUCCAUCACCCCGCCCCAUUCUCCCACCUUCCAUCACCUCGCCCCAUUCUCCAUCUUUCCAUCACCCUGCCCAAUUCUCCCCCUUUCCAUCACCCCACCCCAUUUUCCCGCCUUCCAUCACCCCGCCCCAUUCUCCCUCUUUCCAUCACCCCGCCCCAUUCUCCGCUUUCCAUCACCCCGCCCCAUUUUCCCGAUUUCCAUCACCCCGCCCCAUUCUCUCGCUUUCCAUCACCCCGCCCCAUUCUCCCGCUUUCCAUCACCCUGCCCCAUUCUCCCGCUUUCCAUCACCCCGCCCAAUUCUCCCUCUUUCCAUCACCCCUCCCAUUCUCCCUCUUUCCAUCACCCCGCCCCAUUCUCCCGCUUUCCAUCACCCCGCCCCAUUUUCCCGAUUUCCAUCACCCCGCCCCAUUCUCCCGCUUUCCAUCACCCCGCCCCAUUCUCCCGCUUUCCAUCACCCCGCCCCAUUCUCCCGCUUUCCAUCACCCAGCCCCAUUCUCCCUCUUUCCAUCAUCCCGCCCCAUUCUCCCGCAUUCCAUCACCCCGCCCCAUUUUCCCUCCUUCGAUCACCCCGCUCCAUUCUCCCGCUUUCCAUCACCCCGCCCAAUUCUCCCUCUUUCCAUCACCCCUCCCCAUUCUCCCUCUUUCCAUCACCCCGCCCCAUUCUUCCGCUUUCCAUCACCCCGCCCCAUUCUCCCUCUUUACAUCACCCCGCCCCAUUCUCCCUCUUUCCAUCACCCCGCCCCAUUCUCCCGCUUUCCAUCACCCCGCCCCAUUCUCCCUCUUUCCAUCACCCCCGCCCCAUUCUCCCACUUUCCAUCACCCCGCCCCAUUCUCCCUCUUUCCAUCACCACGCCCCAUUUUCCCUCUUUCCAUCACCCCGCCCCAUUCUCCCGCUUUCCAUCACCCCGCCCCAUUCUCUCGCUUUGGAUCACCCCGCUCCAUUCUCCCGCUUUCCAUCACCCCGCCCUUUUCUCCCUCUUUCUAUCACCCCUCUCCAUUCUCACGCUUUCCAUCACCCCACCCCAUUCUCCCGCUUUCCAUCACCCCGCCCCAUUCUCCCUCUUUCCAUCACCCCGCUCCAUUCUCUUGCUUUCAAUCACCCAGCCCAAUUCUCCCUCUUUCCAUCAACCCCCCCCCAUUCUCCCGCUUUCCAUCACCCCGCCCCAUUCUCCGUCUUUCCAUCACCCCGCCCCAUUCUCCCGCUUUCCAUCACCCCGCCCCAUUCUCCCUCUUUUCAUAACCCCGCCCCAUUUUCCCUCUUUCCAUCACCCCGCCCCAUUCUCCCGCUUUCCAUCACCCCGCCCCAUUCUCCCUCUUUCUAUCACCCCUCCCCCUUCCCCCGCUUUCCAUCACCUCGCCCAAUUCUCCCUCUUUCUAUCACCCCUCCCCAUUCUCCCUCUUUCUAUCACCCCGCCCCAUUCUCCCGCUUUCCAUCACCCCGCCCCAUUUUCCCUCUUUCCAUCACCCCGCCCCAUUCUCCCUCUUUCCAUCACCCCACCACAUUCUCCCGCUUUCCAUCACCCCUCCCCAUUCUCCCUCUUUCCAUCACCCCGCCCCAUUCUCCCACUUUCCGUCACCCCGCCCCAUUCUCCCGCUUUCCAUCACCCCGCUCCAUUCUCCCUCUUUCCGUCACCCCGCCCCAUUCUCCCGCUUUCCAUCACCCCGCCCCAUACUCCCUCUUUCCAUCACCCCGCCCCAUUCUCCCGCUUUCCAUCACCCCGCUCCUUUCUCCCGCUUUCCAUCACCCCGCCCAAUUCUCCCUCUUUCCAUCACCCCUCCCCAUUCUCCCUCUUUCCUUCACCCCGCCCAAUUCUCCCUCUUUCCAUCACCCCGCCCCAUUCUCCCUCUUUCCAUCACCCCGCCCCAUUCUCCCUCUUUCCAUCACCCCGCCCCAUUCUCCCGCUUUCCAUCACCCCGCCCCAUUUUCCCUCUUUCCAUCACCCCGCCCCAUUUUCCCUCUUUCCAUCACCCCGCCCCAUUCUCCCGCUUUCCAUCACCCCGCCCCAUUCUCCAGCUUUCCAUCACCCCGCUCCAUUCUCUUGCUUUCAAUCACCCAGCCCAAUUCUCCCUCUUUCCAUCAACCCCCCCCCAUUCUCCCGCUUUCCAUCACCCCGCCCCAUUCUCCGUCUUUCCAUCACCCCGCCCCAUUCUCCCGCUUUCCAUCACCCCGCCCCAUUCUCCCUCUUUCCUUAACCCCGCCCCAUUUUCCCUCUUUCCAUCACCCCGCCCCAUUCUCCCGCUUUCCAUCACCCCGCCCCAUUCUCCCUCUUUCCUUAACCCCGCCCCAUUCUCCCGCUUUCCAUCACCCCGCCCCAUUCUCCAGCUUUCCAUCACCCCGCUCCAUUCUCUUGCUUUCAAUCACCCAGCCCAAUUCUCCCUCUUUCCAUCAACCCCCCCCCAUUCUCCCGCUUUCCAUCACCCCGCCCCAUUCUCCGUCUUUCCAUCACCCCGCCCCAUUCUCCCGCUUUCCAUCACCCCGCCCCAUUCUCCCUCUUUCCUUAACCCCGCCCCAUUUUCCCUCUUUCCAUCACCCCGCCCCAUUCUCCCGCUUUCCAUCACCCCGCCCCAUUCUCCCUAUUUCCAUCACCCCGCCCCAUUCUCCCGCUUUCCAUCACCCCGCUCCUUUCUCCCGCUUUCCAUCACCCCGCCCAAUUCUCCCUCUUUCCAUCACCCCUCCCCAUUCUCCCUCUUUCCAUCACCCCGCCCAAUUCUCCCUCUUUCCAUCACCCCGCCCCAUUCUCCCUCUUUCCAUCACCCCGCCCCAUUCUCCCUCUUUCCAUCACCCCGCCCCAUUCUCCCGCUUUCCAUCACCCCGCCCCAUUUUCCCUCUUUCCAUCACCCCGCCCCAUUCUCCCGCUUUCCAUCACCCCGCCCCAUUCUCCCUCUUUCUAUCACCCCUCCCCAUUCUCCCGCUUUCCAUCACCCCGCCCAAUUCUCCCUCUUUCUAUCACCCCUCCCUAUUCUCCCCUUUUCCAUCCCCCCGCCCCAUUCUCCCGCUUUCCAUCACCCCGCCCCAUUCUCCCUCUUUCCAUCACCCCGCCCCAUUCUCCCGCUUUCCUUUACCCCGCCCAAUUCUCCCACUUUCCAUCACCCCGCCCCAUUCUCCCGCUUUCCAUCACCCCGCCCCAUUUUCCCGCUUUCCAUCACCCCGCCCCAUUCUCCCGCUUUCCAUCACCCCGGCCCAUUCUUCCGCUUUCCAUCACCCUGCCCCAUUCUCCCGCUUUCCAUCACCCCGCCCCAUUCUCCCGCUUUCCAUCACCCCGCCCCAUUCUCCCGCUUUCCAUCACCCCGCCCCAUUCUCAAGCUUUCCAUCACCCCGCCCCAUUCUCCUGCUUUCCCUCACCCCGCCCCAUUCUCCCGCUUUUCAUCACCCCGCCCCAUUCUCCCGCUUUCCAUCACCCCGCCCCAUUCUCCUGCUUUCCAUCACCCCGCCCUAUUCUCCCGCUUUCCAUCACCCCGCCCCAUUCUCCCGCUUUCCAUCACCCCGUCCCAUUCUCCCUCUUUUCAUCACCCCGCCCCAUUCUCCCUCUUUCCACCACCCCGCCCCAUUCUCCUGCUUUCCAUCACCCCGGCCCAUUCUCCCUAUUUCCAUCACCCCGCUCCAUUCUCUCACUUUCCAUCACCCCGCCCCAUUCUCCCGCUUUCCGUCAUCCCGCCCCAUUCUCCCGCUUUCCAUCACCCCGCCCUAUUCUCUCUCUUUCCAUCACCCCGCCCCAGUCUCCCUCUUUCCAUCACCCCGCCCCAUUCUCCCUCUUUCCAUCACCCCGCCCCAUUCUCCCUCUUUCCAUCACCCCGCCCCAUCCUCCCUAUUUCCAUCACCCCGCCCUAUUCUUCCGCUUUCCAUCACCCCGCCCCAUUCUCCAGCUUACCAUCACCCCGCCCCAUUCUCCCGCUUUCCAUCACCCCGCCCCAUUCUCCAGCUUUCCAUCACCCCGCCCCAUUCUCCCGCUUUCCAUCACCCCGCCCCAUUCUCCCGCUUUCCAUCACCCCGCCCCAUUCUCCCGCUUUCCAUCACCCCGCCCCAUUCUCCCGCUUUCCAUCACCCCGCCCCAUUCUCCCGCUUUCCAUCACCCCGCCCCAUUCUCCCGCUUUCCAUCACCCCGCCCCAUUCUUCCGCUUUCCAUCACCUCGCCCCAUUCACCCCGCCCCAUUCUCCUGCUUUCCACCACCCUGCCCCAUUCUCCCGCUUUCCAUCACCCUGCCCCAUUCUCCCGCUUUCCAUCACCCCGCCCCAUUCCUCGCUUUCCAUCACCCCGCCCCAUUCUCCCGCUUUCCAUCACCCCGCCCAAUUCUCCUGCUUUCCAUCACCCCGCCCAACUCUCAAGCUUUCCAUCACCCCGCCCCAUUCUCCCGCUUUCCAUCACCCCGCCCCAUUCUCCCGCUUUCCAUCACCCCGCCCCAUUCUCCCGCUUUCCAUCACCCCGCCCCAUUCUUCCGCUUUCCAUCACCUCGCCCCAUUCACCCCGCCCCAUUCUCCUGCUUUCCACCACCCUGCCCCAUUCUCCCGCUUUCCAUCACCCUGCCCCAUUCUCCCGCUUUCCAUCACCCCGCCCCAUUCCUCGCUUUCCAUCACCCCGCCCCAUUCUCCCGCUUUCCAUCACCCCGCCCAAUUCUCCUGCUUUCCAUCACCCCGCCCAACUCUCAAGCUUUCCAUCACCCCGCCCAAUUCUCCUGCUUUCCAUCACCCCGCCCCCAUUCUCCCGCUUUCCAUCACCCCGCCCCAUUUUCCCUCUUUCCAUCACCCCGCCCCAUUCUCCCUCUUUCCAUCACCCCACCACAUUCUCCCGCUUUCCAUCACCCCUCCCCAUUCUCCCUCUUUCCAUCACCCCGCCCCAUUCUCCCACUUUCCGUCACCCCGCCCCAUUCUCCCGCUUUCCAUCACCCCGCUCCAUUCUCCCUCUUUCCGUCACCCCGCCCCAUUCUCCCGCUUUCCAUCACCCCGCCCCAUACUCCCUCUUUCCAUCACCCCGCCCCAUUCUCCCGCUUUCCAUCACCCCGCUCCUUUCUCCCGCUUUCCAUCACCCCGCCCAAUUCUCCCUCUUUCCAUCACCCCUCCCCAUUCUCCCUCUUUCCAUCACCCCGCCCAAUUCUCCCUCUUUCCAUCACCCCGCCCCAUUCUCCCUCUUUCCAUCACCCCGCCCCAUUCUCCCUCUUUCCAUCACCCCGCCCCAUUCUCCCGCUUUCCAUCACCCCGCCCCAUUUUCCCUCUUUCCAUCACCCCGCCCCAUUUUCCCUCUUUCCAUCACCCCGCCCCAUUCUCCCGCUUUCCAUCACCCCGCCCCAUUCUCCAGCUUUCCAUCACCCCGCUCCAUUCUCUUGCUUUCAAUCACCCAGCCCAAUUCUCCCUCUUUCCAUCAACCCCCCCCCAUUCUCCCGCUUUCCAUCACCCCGCCCCAUUCUCCGUCUUUCCAUCACCCCGCCCCAUUCUCCCGCUUUCCAUCACCCCGCCCCAUUCUCCCUCUUUCCUUAACCCCGCCCCAUUUUCCCUCUUUCCAUCACCCCGCCCCAUUCUCCCGCUUUCCAUCACCCCGCCCCAUUCUCCCUCUUUCCUUAACCCCGCCCCAUUCUCCCGCUUUCCAUCACCCCGCCCCAUUCUCCAGCUUUCCAUCACCCCGCUCCAUUCUCUUGCUUUCAAUCACCCAGCCCAAUUCUCCCUCUUUCCAUCAACCCCCCCCCAUUCUCCCGCUUUCCAUCACCCCGCCCCAUUCUCCGUCUUUCCAUCACCCCGCCCCAUUCUCCCGCUUUCCAUCACCCCGCCCCAUUCUCCCUCUUUCCUUAACCCCGCCCCAUUUUCCCUCUUUCCAUCACCCCGCCCCAUUCUCCCGCUUUCCAUCACCCCGCCCCAUUCUCCCUAUUUCCAUCACCCCGCCCCAUUCUCCCGCUUUCCAUCACCCCGCUCCUUUCUCCCGCUUUCCAUCACCCCGCCCAAUUCUCCCUCUUUCCAUCACCCCUCCCCAUUCUCCCUCUUUCCAUCACCCCGCCCAAUUCUCCCUCUUUCCAUCACCCCGCCCCAUUCUCCCUCUUUCCAUCACCCCGCCCCAUUCUCCCUCUUUCCAUCACCCCGCCCCAUUCUCCCGCUUUCCAUCACCCCGCCCCAUUUUCCCUCUUUCCAUCACCCCGCCCCAUUCUCCCGCUUUCCAUCACCCCGCCCCAUUCUCCCUCUUUCUAUCACCCCUCCCCAUUCUCCCGCUUUCCAUCACCCCGCCCAAUUCUCCCUCUUUCUAUCACCCCUCCCUAUUCUCCCCUUUUCCAUCCCCCCGCCCCAUUCUCCCGCUUUCCAUCACCCCGCCCCAUUCUCCCUCUUUCCAUCACCCCGCCCCAUUCUCCCGCUUUCCUUUACCCCGCCCAAUUCUCCCGCUUUCCAUCACCCCGCCCCAUUCUCCCGCUUUCCAUCACCCCGCCCCAUUUUCCCGCUUUCCAUCACCCCGCCCCAUUCUCCCGCUUUCCAUCACCCCGGCCCAUUCUUCCGCUUUCCAUCACCCUGCCCCAUUCUCCCGCUUUCCAUCACCCCGCCCCAUUCUCCCGCUUUCCAUCACCCCGCCCCAUUCUCCCGCUUUCCAUCACCCCGCCCCAUUCUCAAGCUUUCCAUCACCCCGCCCCAUUCUCCUGCUUUCCCUCACCCCGCCCCAUUCUCCCGCUUUUCAUCACCCCGCCCCAUUCUCCCGCUUUCCAUCACCCCGCCCCAUUCUCCUGCUUUCCAUCACCCCGCCCUAUUCUCCCGCUUUCCAUCACCCCGCCCCAUUCUCCCGCUUUCCAUCACCCCGUCCCAUUCUCCCUCUUUUCAUCACCCCGCCCCAUUCUCCCUCUUUCCACCACCCCGCCCCAUUCUCCCGCUUUCCAUCACCCCGGCCCAUUCUCCCUAUUUCCAUCACCCCGCUCCAUUCUCUCACUUUCCAUCACCCCGCCCCAUUCUCCCGCUUUCCGUCAUCCCGCCCCAUUCUCCCGCUUUCCAUCACCCCGCCCUAUUCUCUCUCUUUCCAUCACCCCGCCCCAGUCUCCCUCUUUCCAUCACCCCGCCCCAUUCUCCCUCUUUCCAUCACCCCGCCCCAUUCUCCCUCUUUCCAUCACCCCGCCCCAUCCUCCCUAUUUCCAUCACCCCGCCCUAUUCUUCCGCUUUCCAUCACCCCGCCCCAUUCUCCAGCUUACCAUCACCCCGCCCCAUUCUCCCGCUUUCCAUCACCCCGCCCCAUUCUCCAGCUUUCCAUCACCCCGCCCCAUUCUCCCGCUUUCCAUCACCCCGCCCCAUUCUCCCGCUUUCCAUCACCCCGCCCCAUUCUCCCGCUUUCCAUCACCCCGCCCCAUUCUCCCGCUUUCCAUCACCCCGCCCCAUUCUCCCGCUUUCCAUCACCCCGCCCCAUUCUCCCGCUUUCCAUCACCCCGCCCCAUUCUUCCGCUUUCCAUCACCUCGCCCCAUUCACCCCGCCCCAUUCUCCUGCUUUCCACCACCCUGCCCCAUUCUCCCGCUUUCCAUCACCCUGCCCCAUUCUCCCGCUUUCCAUCACCCCGCCCCAUUCCUCGCUUUCCAUCACCCCGCCCCAUUCUCCCGCUUUCCAUCACCCCGCCCAAUUCUCCUGCUUUCCAUCACCCCGCCCAACUCUCAAGCUUUCCAUCACCCCGCCCCAUUCUCCCGCUUUCCAUCACCCCGCCCCAUUCUCCCGCUUUCCAUCACCCCGCCCCAUUCUCCCGCUUUCCAUCACCCCGCCCCAUUCUUCCGCUUUCCAUCACCUCGCCCCAUUCACCCCGCCCCAUUCUCCUGCUUUCCACCACCCUGCCCCAUUCUCCCGCUUUCCAUCACCCUGCCCCAUUCUCCCGCUUUCCAUCACCCCGCCCCAUUCCUCGCUUUCCAUCACCCCGCCCCAUUCUCCCGCUUUCCAUCACCCCGCCCAAUUCUCCUGCUUUCCAUCACCCCGCCCAACUCUCAAGCUUUCCAUCACCCCGCCCAAUUCUCCUGCUUUCCAUCACCCCGCCCCAUUCUCCCGCUUUCCAUCACCCCGCCCCAUUCUCCCGCUUUCCAUCACCCCGCCCCAUUCUCCCGCUUUCCAUCACCCUGCCCCAUUCUCCCGCUUUCCAUCACCCCGCCCCAUUCUCCCGCUUUCCAUCACCCCGCCCCAUUCUCCCGCUUUCCAUCACCCCGCCCCAUUCUCCUGCUUUCCAUCACCCCGCCCCAUUCUUCCGCUUUUCAUCACCCCGCCCCAUUCUCCCGCUUUCCAUCACCCCGCCCCAUUCUCCUGCUUUCCAUCACCCCGCCCCAUUCUCCCGCUUUCCAUCACCCCGGCCCAUUCUCCCGCUUUCCAUCACCCCGCCCCAUUCUUCCGCUUUCCAUCACCCCGCCCCAUUCACCCCGCCCCAUUCUCCUGCUUUCCACCACCCUGCCCCAUUCUCCCGCUUUCCAUCACCCUGCCCCAUUCUCCCGCUUUCCAUCACCCCGCCCCAUUCCUCGCUUUCCAUCACCCCGCCCCAUUCUCCCGCUUUCCAUCACCCCGCCCCAUUCUCAAGCUUUCCAUCACCCCGCCCAAUUCUCCUGCUUUCCAUCACCCCGCCCCAUUCUCCCGCUUUCCAUCACCCCGCCCCAUUCUCCCGCUUUCCAUCACCCCGCCCCAUUCUCCCGCUUUCCAUCACCCUGCCCCAUUCUCCCGCUUUCCAUCACCCCGCCCCAUUCUCCCGCUUUCCAUCACCCCGCCCCAUUCUCCCGCUUUCCAUCACCCCGCCCCAUUCUCAAGCUUUCCAUCACCCCGCCCCAUUCUCCUGCUUUCCAUCACCCCGCCCCAUUCUCCCGCUUUUCAUCACCCCGCCCCAUUCUCCCGCUUUCCAUCACCCCGCCCCAUUCUCCUGCUUUCCAUCACCCUGCCCUAUUCUCCCGCUUUCCAUCACCCCGCCCCAUUCUCCCGCUUUCCAUCACCCCGUCCCAUUCUCCCUCUUUUCAUCACCCCGCCCCAUUCUCCCUCUUUCCACCACCCCGCCCCAUUCUCCCGCUUUCCAUCACCCCGGCCCAUUCUCCCUAUUUCCAUCACCCCGCUCCAUUCUCCCACUUUCCAUCACCCCGCCCCAUUCUCCCGCUUUCCUUCACCCCGCACCAUUCUCCCGCUUUCCAUCACCCCUCCCCAUUCUCCUGCUUUCCAUCAUUCCGCCCCAUUCUUCCGCUUUCCAUCACCCCGCCCCAUCACCCCGACCCAUUCUCCCGCUUUCCACCACCCUGCCCCAUUCUCCCGCUUUCCAUCACCCUGCCCCAUUCUCCCGCUUUCCAUCACCCCGCCCUAUUCCUCGCUUUCCAUCACCCCGCCCCAUUCUCCCGCUUUCCAUCACCCCGCCCCAUUCUCAAGCUUUCCAUCACCCCGCCCCAUUCUCCUGCUUUCCAUCACCCCACCCCAUUCUCCAGCUUUCCAUCACCCCGCCCCAUUCUCCCACUUUCCAUCACCCCGGCCCAUUCUCCCGCUUUCCAUCACCCUGCCCCAUUCUCCCGCUUUCCAUCACCCCGCCCCAUUCUCCCGCUUUCCAUCACCCCGCCCCAUUCUCCCGCUUUCCAUCACCCCGCCCCAUUCUCAAGCUUUCCAUCACCCCGCCCCAUUCUCCUGCUUUCCAUCACCCCGCCCCAUUCUUUCGCUUUUCAUCACCCCGCCCCAUUCUCCCGCUUUCCAUCACCCCGCCCCAUUCUCCUGCUUUCCAUCACCCCGCCCUAUUCUCCCGCUUUCCAUCACCCCGCCCCAUUCUCCCGCUUUCCAUCACCCCGUCCCAUUCUCCCUCUUUUCAUCACCCCGCCCCAUUCUCCCUCUUUCCACCACCCCGCCCCAUUCUCCCGCUUUCCAUCACCCCGGCCCAUUCUCCCUAUUUCCAUCACCCCGCUCCAUUCUCCCACUUUCCAUCACCCCGCCCCAUUCUCCCGCUUUCUGUCACCCCGCCCCAUUCUCCCGCUUUCCAUCACCCCGCCCCAUUCUCUCUCUUUCCAUCACCCCGCCCCAGUCUCCCUCCUUCCAUCACCCCGCCCCAUUCUCCCUCUUUCCAUCACCCCGCCCCAUUCUCCCUCUUUCCAUCACCCCGCCCCAUCCUCCCUAUUUCCAUCACCCAGCCCCAUUCUCCAGCUUACCAUCACCCCGCCCUAUUCUCCCGCUUUCCAUCACCCCGCCCCAUUCUCCAGCUUUCCAUCACCCCGCCCCAUUCUCCCGCUUUCCAUCACCCCGCCCCAUUCUCCCGCUUUCCAUCACCCCGCCCCAUUCUCCCGCUUUCCAUCACCCCGCCCCAUUCUCCCGCUUUCCAUCACCCCGCCCCAUUCUUCCGCUUUCAAUCACCCCGCCCCAUUAAACAUCUUUCCAUCACCCCGCCCCAUUCUCCCUCUUUCCAUCACCGUGCCCCAUUCUUCUACUUUUCAUCACCCCGCCCCAUUCUCCCUCUUUCCAUCACCCCGCCCCAUUCUUCUGCUUUUCAUCACCCCGCCCCAUUCUCCCUCUUUCCAUCACCCUGCCCCAUUCCCCCUCUUUCCAUCAGCCCGCCCCAUUCUCCCGCUUUCCACCACCCUGCCCCAUUCUCCCGCUUUCCAUCACCCUGCCCCAUUCUCCCACUUUCCAUCACCCCGCCCCAUUCUCCCGCUUUCCAUCACCCCGCCAUAUUCUUCCUCUUUCCAUCACCCCGCCCCAUUCUCCCGCUUUCCAUCACGCCGCCCCAUUCUCCUGCUUUCCAUCACCCCGCCCCAUUCUCCCGCUUUCCAUCACCCCGCCCCAUUCUCCUGCUUUCCAUCACCCCGCCCCAUUCUCCCGCUUUCCAUCACCCAGCCCCAUUCUCCCUCUUUCCAUCACCCCGCCCCAUUCUCCCUCUUUCCAUCACCCCACCCUAUUCUCCCACUUUCCAUCACCCCGCCCCACUCUCCCGCUUUCCAUCAACCCACCCCUUUCUCCCGCGUUCCAUCACCCCGCCCCAUUCUCCCGCUUUCCGUCACCCCGCCCCAUUCUCCCGCUUCCAAUCACCCCGCCCCAUUCUCCCGCUUUCCACCACCCUGCCCCAUUCUCCCGCUUUCCAUCACCCUGCCCCAUUCUCCCGCUUUCCAUCACCCCGCCCCAUUCCUCGCUUUCCAUCACCCCGCCCCAUUCUCCCGCUUUCCAUCACCCCGCCCCAUUCUCAAGCUUUCCAUCACCCCGCCCCAUUCUCCUGCUUUCCAUCACCCCACCCCAUUCUCCAGCUUUCCAUCACCCCGCCCCAUUCUCCCACUUUCCAUCACCCCGGCCCAUUCUCCCGCUUUCCAUCACCCUGCCCCAUUCUCCCGCUUUCCAUCACCCCGCCCCAUUCUCCCGCUUUCCAUCACCCCGCCCCAUUCUCCCGCUUUCCAUCACCCCGCCCCAUUCUCAAGCUUUCCAUCACCCCGCCCCAUUCUCCUGCUUUCCAUCACCCCGCCCCAUUCUCCCGCUUUUCAUCACCCCGCCCCAUUCUCCCGCUUUCCAUCACCACGCCCCAUUCUCCUGCUUUCCAUCACCCCGCCCUAUUCUCCCGCUUUCCAUCACCCCGCCCCAUUCUCCCGCUUUCCAUCACCCCGUCCCAUUCUCCCUCUUUUCAUCACCCCGCCCCAUUCUCCCUCUUUCCACCACCCCGCCCCAUUCUCCCGCUUUCCAUCACCCCGGCCCAUUCUCCCUAUUUCCAUCACCCCGCUCCAUUCUCCCACUUUCCAUCACCCCGCCCCAUUCUCCCGCUUUCUGUCACCCCGCCCCAUUCUCCCGCUUUCCAUCACCCCGCCCCAUUCUCUCUCUUUCCAUCACCCCGCCCCAGUCUCCCUCCUUCCAUCACCCCGCCCCAUUCUCCCUCUUUCCAUCACCCCGCCCCAUUCUCCCUCUUUCCAUCACCCCGCCCCAUCCUCCCUAUUUCCAUCACCCAGCCCCAUUCUCCAGCUUACCAUCACCCCGCCCUAUUCUCCCGCUUUCCAUCACCCCGCCCCAUUCUCCAGCUUUCCAUCACCCCGCCCCAUUCUCCCGCUUUCCAUCACCCCGCCCCAUUCUCCCGCUUUCCAUCACCCCGCCCCAUUCUCCCGCUUUCCAUCACCCCGCCCCAUUCUCCCGCUUUCCAUCACCCCGCCCCAUUCUUCCGCUUUCCAUCACCCCGCCCCAUUAAACAUCUUUCCAUCACCCCGCCCCAUUCUCCCUCUUUCCAUCACCCCCGCCCCAUUCUCCCGCUUUCCACCACCCUGCCCCAUUCUCCCGCUUUCCAUCACCCUGCCCCAUUCUCCCACUUUCCAUCACCCCGCCCCAUUCUCCCGCUUUCCAUCACCCCGCCAUAUUCUUCCUCUUUCCAUCACCCCGCCCCAUUCUCCCGCUUUCCAUCACGCCGCCCCAUUCUCCUGCUUUCCAUCACCCCGCCCCAUUCUCCCGCUUUCCAUCACCCCGCCCCAUUCUCCUGCUUUCCAUCACCCCGCCCCAUUCUCCCGCUUUCCAUCACCCAGCCCCAUUCUCCCUCUUUCCAUCACCCCGCCCCAUUCUCCCUCUUUCCAUCACCCCACCCUAUUCUCCCACUUUCCAUCACCCCGCCCCACUCUCCCGCUUUCCAUCAACCCACCCCUUUCUCCCGCGUUCCAUCACCCCGCCCCAUUCUCCCGCUUUCCGUCACCCCGCCCCAUUCUCCCGCUUCCAAUCACCCCGCCCCAUUCUCCCGCUUUCCACCACCCUGCCCCAUUCUCCCGCUUUCCAUCACCCUGCCCCAUUCUCCCGCUUUCCAUCACCCCGCCCCAUUCCUCGCUUUCCAUCACCCCGCCCCAUUCUCCCGCUUUCCAUCACCCCGCCCCAUUCUCAAGCUUUCCAUCACCCCGCCCCAUUCUCCUGCUUUCCAUCACCCCGCCCCAUUCUCCCGCUUUCCAUCACCCCGCCCCAUUCUCCCGCUUUCCAUCACCCCGGCCCAUUCUCCCGCUUUCCAUCACCCUGCCCCAUUCUCCCGCUUUCCAUCACCCCGACCCAUUCUCCCGCUUUCCAUCACCCCGCCCCAUUCUCCCGCUUUCCAUCACCCCGCCCCAUUCUCAAGCUUUCCAUCACCCCGCCCCAUUCUCCUGCUUUCCAUCACCCCGCCCCAUUCUCCCGCUUUUCAUCACCCCGCCCCAUUCUCCCGCUUUCCAUCACCCCGCCCCAUUCUCCUGCUUUCCAUCACACCGCCCUUUUCUCCCACUUUCCAUCACCCCGCCCCAUUCUCCCGCUUUCCAUCACCCCGUCCCAUUCUCCCUCUUUUCAUCAUCCCGCCCCAUUCUCCCUCUUUCCACCACCCCGCCCCAUUCUCCCGCUUUCCAUCACCCCGGCCCAUUCUCCCUAUUUCCAUCACCCCGCUCCAUUCUCCCACUUUCCAUCACCCCGCCCCAUUCUCCCGCUUUCCGUCACCCCGCCCCAUUCUCCCGCUUUCCAUCACCCCGCCCCAUUCUCUCUCUUUCCAUCACCCCGCCCCAGUCUCCCUCUUUCCAUCACCCCGCCCCAUUCUCCCUCUUUCCAUCACCCCGCCCCAUUCUCCCUCUUUCCAUCACCCCGCCCCAUCCUCCCUAUUUCCAUCACCCCGCCCCAUUCUUCCGCUUUCCAUCACCCCGCCCCAUUCUCCAGCUUACCAUCACCCCGCCCCAUUCUCCCGCUUUCCAUCACCCCGCCCCAUUCUCCAGCUUUCCAUCACCCCGCCCCAUUCUCCCGCUUCCAAUCACCCCGCCCCAUUCUCCCGCUUUCCACCACCCUGCCCCAUUCUCCCGCUUUCCAUCACCCUGCCCCAUUCUCCCGCUUUCCAUCACCCUGCCCCAUUCCUCGCUUUCCAUCACCCCGCCCCAUUCUCCCGCUUUCCAUCACCCCACCCCAUUCUCCCGCUUUCCAUCACCCUGCCCCAUUCACAAGCUUUCCAUCACCCCGCCCCAUUCUCCCGCUUUCCAUCACCCCGCCCCAUUCUCCCGCUUUCCAUCACCCCGCCCCAUUCUCCCGCUUUCCAUCACCCCGCCCCAUUCUCCCGCUUUCCAUCACCCCGCCCCAUUCUCCCGCUUUCCAUCACCCUGCCCCAUUCUCCCGCUUCCCAUCACCCCGCCCCAUUCUCUUGCUUUCCAUCACCCCGCCCCAUUCUCAAGCUUUCCAUCACCCCGCCCCAUUCUCCUGCUUUCCAUCACCCCGCCCCAUUCUCCCGCUUUUCAUCACCCCGCCCCAUUCUCCCGCUUUCCAUCACCCCGCCCCAUUCUCCUGCUUUCCAUCACCCUGCCCUAUUCUCCCGCUUUCCAUCACCCCGCCCCAUUCUCCCGCUUUCCAUCACCCCGUCCCAUUCUCCCUCUUUUCAGCACCCCGCCCCAUUCUCCCUCUUUCCACCACCCCGCCCCAUUCUCCCGCUUUCCAUCACCCCGGCCCAUUCUCCCUAUUUCCAUCACCCCGCUCCAUUCUCCCACUUUCCAUCACCCCGCCCCAUUCUCCCGCUUUCCGUCACCCCGCCCCAUUCUCCCGCUUUCCAUCACCCCGCCCCAUUCUCUCUCUUUCCAUCACCCCGCCCCAUUCUCCCUCUUUCCAUCACCCCGCCCCAUUCUCCCUCUUUCCAUCACCCCGCCCCAUCCUCCCUAUUUCCAUCACCCCGCCCCAUUCUUCCGCUUUCCAUCACCCCGCCCCAUUCUCCAGCUUUCCAUCACCCCGCCCCAUUCUCCCGCUUUCCAUCACCCCGCCCCAUUCUCCAGCUUUCCAUCACCCCGCCCCAUUCUCCCGCUUUCCAUCACCCCGCCCCAUUCUCCCGCUUUCCAUCACCCCGCCCCAUUCUCCCGCUUUCCAUCACCCCGCCCCAUUCUCCCGCUUUCCAUCACCCCGCCCCAUUCUCCCGCUUUCCAUCACCCCGCCCCAUUCUCCCGCUUUCCAUCACCCUGCCCCAUUCUUCCGCUUUCCAUCACCCCGCCCCAUUCACCCCGCCCCAUUCUCCCUCUUUCCAUCAACCCGCCCCAUUCUCCCGCUUUUCAUCACCCUGCCCCAUUCUCCCUCUUUCCAUCACCCCGCCCCAUUCUCCCUCUUUCCAUCAGCCCGCCCCAUUCUCCUGCUUUUCUUCACCCCUGUUAG